GAUAAUAUAGAUUCAAUGUUCAAUUAUUUGAUCAAAUGACACAUUGGUGACCAUUUUUAACUCUCCCGCGUAUCUUUACGUUAUUAACUGUGUGGUAGUCAAAUUUCCAGGUUUCCAUCUGUUAUUGUGACUACUGCUAUGUCCAACUCCGCUGCUGAUGGCAUCGAACGCAAACCUGGAACUUUAUCCAAAACUUCAGUCUCAGUGCUUAGUUUGCUUUUGGCAGUUUUAGCGUGUGAAACUAUUCAGAGUAGUUCACAUUUUUGUCGAAUAAAAAACUCUUUGACUGACUUGUGUGAUUUUUCCUUUUUUAAUUAAAUAUCUAAACAAUUUCUGACUCGGGUUAAUCAUUAUCAUUCCAUCUUACACAUGCUACCAUCUCCAGGUGGAAAAUCUGUACGAAAACGUUCCACCGGUGAUCCACAAGGUGCUGGCGCCGUGGAUGAGGAUGUAUUCCGACAGUCCUUUAUACCGUCCAUGUCAAUCACUGCAUCUUCUCCCAAAGAGCUUACGGAGAUCAUAAAUCGUAUAAAAGAUGCACUUUCUGGGAAUCCUGAAGAAUGGGAAAAACGUGUAGAUGCGUUAAAAACAUUACGUGCUAUAGUUGCCAAUGGUGCUCUGCAAUAUGAUGAAUUUAUUCCCUUAUUAAAAACUUUGGAAAAUUCCAUAGAUCUUUCCCUGCGUGAUUUAAGGUCUUCAGUUGUACGAGAAGCAUGUAUAACAGUCGCCUUUUUAUCUCAAGAAAUUCGUAAUCGUUUUGAUCGUUUCGCUGAGAGUGUUUUACAAACAAUUAUUGCGUUAUUAUCUAAUAGCGCUAAAGUUAUGGCAACCAGUGGAGUGGUUGCGAUGCGAUUUAUUUUAGAGAAUACAUGUUCUUCUCGUCUUCUCCCCAUUCUCAUUUCUUCAUUAUCAUCCAAGUCUAAUGUUACCAGAAAAUGCAUUUGUGAAUUCUUAGAAAUCAUUUUCCGAACCUGGCCAUUAAAUAUUCUUGAAAAAAAUCUCUCUGUAUUGCAAGAUGCACUAAGGCGAGGUAUUUCAGAUGCAGAUCAGGAAGCUCGAUUAUUUACUAGACGUUCAUUCCCAUUAUUUGUUGCUAAAUUUCCUGAGCAAGCAAAUUUAUUUUUACAAAAUCUUGAUCCUCAAAAACGUAAACUAAUUGAAAAAGAUUUGAUCGCUGCAGGAUUAUCAGAAGGGUUUGGUGCCGGUGAUACUGCGACAACUGGAUCAUCUCGAAGUCAACCUGGUAGUCAGUCAAAUUUAACUUACCAAAGUACCAGACGACCAACUCGACCUGUAUUAGGCACUAGCUCAUUAGCCAAUAAUACAAAUCGCAGUCGUCCACCAUUAACUAGUCAGAAUGAGUAUAAUACCGUUGGUCGUUCUUUCCGUCAAGGAUCAAUUGCUUCAAAUUACGACGGUCGUCCACGUCAGAUUGGGAGAAAACUUGUAUCACAGUCACAGCCUACAAGUCGUGAAGUUUCACCAUCACGUCUAGCCUAUUUCACUGCCUAUGGUACUACUGCAUCUAAUAAUAAUGAUGGACAAAAAUUACAAUUCAAUACAACUAAUACUAAUCGUAAUGGUACAAUAGGAUUUGUAGAUAAUAAUAAUAAUAAUAAUACAGAUCGUACUACACGUUUAAUCAUGAAUUCACGUGUUCCACGUAGUCAAGGUGCUAGUCGAGAAACAUCACCGACAAGAUCUACUGCAAGCGGUUAUACUAUGCCUUCAUAUCAGCAUAAUAAUAAUUUUCAAUUAACUGGUACAAAUCAAAUUGGACAAAUGAAUUAUCGGAGACAACAACAGCAAAGACCAUCUCUUGGUACUUUAAGUGAUUGUGCUGACCUCGGCGAUGGACCUUUAUAUGGUCGACAUUACUCAACUGGAAACAGUCGUGGUCCAUAUGGCUCAGAUGAUAACUUCAGUGAAACAUCAUCACAGUGUUCUGAACGUUCAGGUCGUUCAGUACCCGGGUACAGGCGCCAGUCCUCAAGUAAAGUGACUAGUAAUUUAAAAGAAAUCAUUUCUCAACUUCAAGCUGUUCAAUGGUCUGACAGAAAAGACGGCUUAACAAAUUUACAGAAUUAUAUGCGUUCUGGUUAUCCGUUAAAUCCUGACGAUAUUCACUGCUUAACUGAAAUAUUUUCUAAAAUGUUUGCGGAUUCUCAAAGUAAAGUUGUUAGUUUAUUUAUGGAUACAUUACAAUUCUUUAUUAAAGAAUAUAAUCCAUUACUUCGUGAUUGGCUUUACACUCUAUUAAUACGUUUGUUGUAUCGUCAAAGUCAUGAGGCUUUGAGCAGUCAUCAGAAAGCAAUACAAGAAACACUUUUUGUUCUCAGAUCUCACUUUCCUUUGAAUUCGCAAUUCAGUAGUUGCUGUCAUUUUAUUAUGGAUAAUGCACAUACACCAAAUUUUCGUGUUAAAACUUGUCUAUUAGAAUACAUGAAAGAUCUAAUUUUAAUGAUGAGUCCAGAUUUAAUUGCUAAUCCAUCAAAUGAAGUUAUUAAUGCAAUUGGAAAAAUUAUCAGUUGGUCUGCUGAACCAAAAUCAGCCGAUGUUCGACGAAUGGCUUCCCGUGUUGUUAUCAAAUUGUUCGAUUUGAAUUCCACAAGUUUCUCUAACUUAUUACAAUCACUGCCUCGUGGAGUACAAGAUCGUGCACAUGAAGUAUUAAAAACCUAUCAAAAGACUGCUACAGGUGGUGGUCUAAUCAAUUUAACCGACACUAAUCACAAUUCUCCUUCAUGGAAAUCAUCUUCAGGAUCAUUGAGGAAAUAUUCUCUGCCUGUAACAUCAACAGGUCGAAGUCCUAUGACUAGAUCUGCUGAUCAAGAUCAUAUGAUUUUUUCACCACCAAGUAGUGGACGAUAUGGAUCAAUCUCUGGACCAUAUUAUUCUUCACAACGUUCUCAUAACUCUACUGGCAGUGACAGUGGUCGAGUAAGCCCUGAAAGUAUGAAUCGUAUUAUUCGUGAAACAACCGAUGGCCUUCAAUCACUUUCAGUUGGUGCGAGUGGGGGUGGUAUUCCAACGUCAGCGAUAACAAGUCCAACACGCAGAGUAUCUGCUGAUCCCAGCUUUACAACUAACGAUUAUACAUAUGCUACAAAUGGUAAUACAGGUGUAUUACGUACUGUUCAACCAAAUAAUUUUCUUAAUUCACAACCAACAUCAUUACAGCCACCUAAUAUUAUUCCAUCUAAUGUAAAUCAAUGUUAUGCUUCCUCACAAGGUACUACUGCUUCUAAUGAUCCAACACUGCAGUCUACAUAUGGGUUACGUACAAAUAAAGCUCUUUUAAAUACACUUAUCAAUUAUGAUCCUGGUGAUGGGCCAAAAUUAAAAAAACCUGUAAUUGGUUAUCAGACGUUAAAAAAAAUACGCGAAAUGCCCCCAGAAGAUAUCAUGUCUGAAAUACUCCAGGAAUUAUCGAAUCACAAUGAACGAGAUAAUGUCACCUAUGAACAAAGAAAGACAUGUAUGUUAAAACUUAUCAAAUUAUUACGUGAUGGUGUUAUCAGUAAUUGGGAUGAAUAUUUCAAGCCAACUUUGUUAAUUCUCCUAGAAACAUUAGGUGAUGAUGGACAUGAAACAAGAGCACUUGCACUUCGUGUACUUCAAGAAUUAGUACGAGCUAAACCGGAAUUAUUUCAUGAUUUCGCUUAUUUAUUUGUUAUUAAAGUACUUGAAGCCUGUCGAGAUAGUGAAAAAUCUGUUAUUCGAGCUGCAGAAGAUUGCGCCAAUACAGUAGCACAAAAUCUUCCACAAGAAUUAUGUCUCAAUGUAUUGACACCGUUAAUAAAUGAUUCACAACUACACAUUAAUUUACCAGCAAUUAAAAUGCAAAUGCAAGUUAUACAAAAUUCUUCGCCGGAAUUAGUACAUGAAUUUAUUAAUGCAUUAAUUCCUGGACUUGUAAUUGCUUGUAAUCAUGAAGAGAGUGCCAUUCGUAAGGCCAGUGUGUUUUGUCUAGUUGCAAUAGCUAUGAAACUUGGUGAUGAUAUCUGGAGUUAUUUAACUGAAUUAAACGCUGGCAAAAAACGCCUUUUGAAACUCUAUAUUGACCGUCAACAAAGUUCAGCCACAUCUGAAGAUUCAAUUACAACCAGAAGUUGAUCCACUCAUCAUCCAUUAUUGUUUGUUAAAAAAGUAAUCCCAAUUAUCGAUCAUAUAUAUAUACGUGUGUGUACCAAUCAUCUGUAUGAAACCAAUUGUUUGACUCUUCCUCCCUUUCUUAUUUCUCGUCAUUACCAUUUACUGUCGUCGUGAUCAUGGUAAUGAUGUCAGACGUUUCUACUAAUCAAUAUUAUAAGAAUUUGUCUAUUUCCUUUUACACAUUUGCAAAUAACAAAAGAAAACCAUUUUCUCAUCAACUUCUUUCUCCUAUAGUAAGAAAUGCAUACAAAUGAAAUAUAGAGAGUGGCAUUUUAUUUGAAGAUUACAUAAUACUUACGCUAUUUGCUUCCCAUCUAAUUCACUGUUGUUAAAUUAAGUUAAUUAGUGAAUCAAUUUUUGUCAUGUUUGUUUUUCUCACAUCAUUUUAGUCAGAUUUUCAUUUUUACUUGUCUUGUUGGGCGGUUUUUCUCUGUUUUUGUUUUAAUUCCAUGAACAACAUCGAAAUGUUGUGUUCUGUUGUUGUUGUUGUUACUACUACUACUACCACUGCUACCAAUGUAUGAUUUCUUUUUGUCUACCACACUAUUAAUACAACCCGGUCGAAUCGAUUAAUGGUCAACAAAUUAUUUAUAUAAAUGCAAAAUGAUUGAAUGUAAGAAGCUAACUGUUUACUUCCUACUGCUUCUCCAUCAACACACACAUACACAUAACAACGAGAGAGAGAGAGAGUAUAUGUUUCGAAAGAUUACGACUGGCAUACUACUCUUUAAUACAUCAAUUGACUGUUCUAGUUAACCGAACAAAAAAUCAGAUUUUUAGCGUUGAAUUAUGAAAUAUCUAAUUUAUUGUGGUUUAACUUCUCGGUUUUUAUUCUGCUUUGAGUAAAUACACAAUAUAUCUAAACGUAAUUAGAUACUUCAAAAGUGUACACUUGUUACUCUCUCUCUCUCUCUCUUUCCCGCAUAUCCUUCAUGUGCCUCUUUUCUCCAGAAAAAUAAUAGUCAAAUGUGUAAUUUAUUUCCUCUAACACAUGUAAACAUGUUCAUUUGAUUAUUUUCAUUAUUUCUCUUUGCAUACACAAAUUGAGCCUUCUUUUUCAUGUUUCUAUUUUGAACUAAUUCUGCGUAUACAUACACACUAUUCUCCACUACUACUAUUACUACUACUAGUACCUCGCAUAUAUUACAUAAAAUGUUCUGUUUUUCUAAAAUAAGUAUUUUAUUUUGUGAAUAGUAAUAGAUAUAUAAAUUACUAACUUUUACUCCCUCUCCUCUCAUUAUUAACAUCCCUUUUUUAUUACAAUAAAAUAAUCUAAUAGUCCUACUUUGAACCAACACCUUCAUUAUCUUUGCUCCUUCUUUACUCUUCUUCAUUUUGAAUGAGUGAACAAUUUUAGCUUUCAGGUUAUCAAUUACCUCUUAUUUGAUUCGUAUCUAAAACACAAAUAUUCUGAAAAAAAUUAAUUUUUUUCAUUAUAGAAAAAAAACAUACUGUUCGAGAUCAAAAAAAGCAACCUAGCGGUACUUCAUCCUUGAACUACAUACACACAUUUGAUUUUUCUUAUGUUUCGUUUUGUCUGUAACGAAAGUAAACGAAAUAGAUUUAUCAUUUUGUGUAUGUAUGUAUUUUUUGAUUAAAGACUCUCUCUCUCUUCCUACCCUCCACUUUUUCCGACAUUCAUCUAGUUUUUUUUCUUUUUGUCCAUUUGUUGUGUGUAUCCUACUGGAUGCCAUAGUUUAAUGCUUAUAUUGAAUGUAUGUAUAUGUCAAAGAGUUUUCUUUCUUUCUUGCUUAUCGUGUAAGUGAUUAUAAAGUGAAAGAUGAGAAGUGUCGUGGUGUUGUUAUUAAUUUUGUUGUCUGUACUCUGAGAGAGAGAGAGAGAAACAAAGAGUAUUAGUGAAAUAAAGCACGCUUUUUUAGACCACUACAUUCAUCCAUAUAUACACCGCUAUAUGUUGUUGUGUUUUCUUCGAACAAUCAGAGUAGGCUGUAUGUGUGUGUACGGGAGAUUGUGUUUUUAUACUGACUAUUGUUUCCAAUGUUUUAUGUUGUAUGGAUAAAUGUGUAUGUACAGAAACUGUUUUCACAUUUUGCUCUCCUUUUCCUCAGCUUCUAGAGAGUUUGUUUACAUUGUUUCUAUCUCUUCUGUGUACGGUUUAAUCAUCGGUAUUUCAGUUGACCAUAAAUAAUUUGUGAUAAUAAUUAUUAAUAAUAAUAUUAUUAUUGGU